AUGGCAGCUGGUUGCGUUGCUCCUCUACGCUCCUGGGAGGAUUUCUUCCCCGGCUUUGAGCGGUUUGCCCGGCCUGACUUUAAAGAUGUAUCUAAAUGGAACAACAGGGUCGUAAGCAACCUGCUCUACUAUCAAACGAACUACCUGCUGAUGGGUGUGGCUAUUAUCUCCCUGGUGGGAUUUUUAAGUCCACUUAACAUGGUGCUCGGUGCCACUGUUGUGAUUCUUAUCUUCCUGGGCUUCAUAUGGACCUCGCAUAACAAGGAUUUUGUGCGCAAAUUUAAGAAGCAGUACCCCACCGUGUUCAUUCUCUCCAUUCUGUUAUCCAGCUACUUUGUCAUUUCAAUGUUUGGUGGUGUGAUGGUUUUUGUAUUUGGAAUCACUUUUCCGAUGUUGUUAAUGUUUAUUCAUGCUUCUCUGAGGCAUGUAAAGAACAAACUGGAAAAUAAGAUUGAAGGAAUUGGUCUGAAGAAAACUCCUAUGGGAAUUGUCCUUGAUGCCCUGGAACAGCAGGAAGAAAACUUUGCUAAAAUUGCCGGCCUAAUCACCAAAGGGAAGGAGUAAAGAUGGCCUCUUACAAGCCACAGCCCCACUCUGCUGCUGACCUACUGACGUGUUUCAUUCACUUAACUGGCAACAGAUGUCUGCCAUGUUUUUUCCGAUUAUUUGGACAGCCAAUUUGAAGAAAUGCUUUUACAUUGUUCUGUAAAAUUAUAAUAUUCCAAGUAGUUGUGGGUCUACUAUUGUUGGAACUGCAUGAACAGUGGCCACUGACAAUGGGAAU